UCAUACCAACCGCCGAAACACGCAGAUAGACCACGAUUCCAUUUUUUUUUCCCAUGUGCUGCGACACCGUUUGAACCUGGCUUGACUUUUUAGCAUCCCCAUUGAUCCCCGGUCAGAGUUUUUAGGGUUUCUCUCGCCCGAAGAACCAUGUCAAAACGGGUUCUUUGCAAGUUCUUUGCACAUGGAGCAUGUCUAAAAGGGGACCAUUGUGAAUUUUCACAUGACUGGAAGGAUCCAUCAAAUAAUAUAUGCACCUUCUACCAGAAAGGAGUUUGCACUUUUGGCAGUCGAUGCAGAUAUGAGCACGUGAAAGCCUCUUCGCGGUCACAGUAUUCUGCUCCUUCAUCAUCUACGAAUUCUUGCCAACAUCAGUUUGUGGAGUCUGUACCUGCAGCUUAUCCUUCUAGAACUGCAUCAAGUGGGGUGACCAUAACUCCAGUCCCAGGUGUUACGGCUGAGCUUUCAGCUUCAAGUAGACCUUUCUUUCCUCCCUCUAACCCUGCAUGGAGUCAAAAGUCUGAGCAUCAUGAUCUGUUAGACAAUGAUGAUGUUAUUGAGUUGAGGAGGGUUAAUCCAGCUGACCAUUCAAUCUGUUCAUUUGCUGCUGCUGGUAAUUGUCCCCGUGGGGAAAAGUGCCCUCAUGUUCAUGGGGAUUUAUGUCCAACUUGUGGUAAACAUUGUUUGCACCCUUUCAGACCUGAGGAGCGAGAGGAACACAAAAAAGCAUGUGAGAAAAAGCAGAAGUACCUGGAGGCAUUAAAACUUAGCCAAGAAAUAGAAUGCAGCGUGUGCCUUGAACGUGUUCUUUCAAAGCCCACAGCAGCUGAACGAAAGUUUGGAUUGCUAUCAGAGUGUGAUCAUCCAUUCUGUAUAUCAUGUAUCAGGAAUUGGCGUAGUAGCUCUCCAACCUCUGGCAUGGAUGUCAAUUCUGCAUUGAGGGCCUGCCCAAUAUGUCGAAAGCUUUCAUACUAUGUCAUUCCUAGUGUCAUUUGGUAUUCGACAAAAGAAGAAAAGGAGGAAAUUGUUGACAGCUACAAAGCAAGACUUAGCUCUAUUGAUUGCAAGCACUUUGACUUCGGAAAUGGGACUUGCCCAUUUGGGACUAGUUGUUUUUACAAGCACGCAUAUCGUGAUGGCCGCCUGGAAGAAGUAGUUUUGCGACAUCUUGCGGCUGAAGAUGGACAUUCAGUGAUUUCUAAAAAUAUUAGGCUUUCGGACUUCCUCAGUAGUUUGCGCAUAAGGUGAACAAAGUUUGUUCAGAGCUUUCAGUGGCAUCCGGUACGAGGAAAUGUAUUCCAACUUGAGAAGCCAAAAUUCUUUUUAAUUGCCAGCAUUGUGCUCCUGGUAGUCAUAAGGUGAGCGUCAGAUGCAGAACUUCUUGCUGUUGUGGAGCCAACCACUGGAUUGGAGGCGGGCAUAUGCCUAAUUAUAUGAAUAAAUUACAUCUGAUAUUUAAAGGAAAAUGAAAUUAGAAAACCAGGUCCCAGAUGGAGAAAUUGAGAAACUGCGAAGUCAACAAUUCUGGUUUUCUAAAGGAUAAUUAUCUAGAAUAAAGAGGAUGUAUAAAUAAUGAAACUUAAUAUUGCCCGCCUGCCUGUCCCAUCAGUGAGGUGAGAACUGUAUAUACUGUAUAGUUUUGAUAAUCGGGUUUUGGUUCGACUCUUCACUAUAUAUUGUUUUGAGAACGAGAUGUUGAUGAUUUAUCGAGUGACUUGUGAAUUUUCAUUUGGGUGUGUAUGGAGUGAAUUUUCAUUGAUGUGUGUUACCCACAUGAUAUACUUGUAUGGUUUUGUGUACGAUCAUCUUCUGUGUUCAUAAUAUAUUGAAAUGCUACAUGAGGUGAAUUAAAUGUUAA